AUGGCACCCAGUGCAAUCGAUCCCACCAUCCAAGACGUAAUCCAACCCCAAAAAGACACCCUCGAUCUCCCCAAAGAAACCCGCACACGUUUGGAAAAAGCAAACAUCGACCUCUCGAACGGAUACCCUUACCGUCCCGCCCGACCUCUCUACCUCCAAGAUGCGUACAGCAUUAGAAACGCCCCCUGGCACCACGAUGACGCUGGAGCUAGAGCCAAAGUCACUGAUGCAAGCAAGAAAUCUCUGCUUGAAGCUGCUACCAAAGUCGAGGAUUUGACUGCGCAUAUUGGGACCGAGGUUUAUGGGUUGCAGCUCAAGGAUCUUACGGGGAGGCAGAGGGAUGAGUUGGCGCUGUUGAUUGCGGAGAGGAGCGUGGUGUUUUUCCGUGAUCAGGAUUUGUCUCCUCAGCAGCAGAAGGAGCUUGGUGAGCAUUAUGGCAAGAUUGAAGUUCAUGUGAUCCCUCAAGUCCCAGGUGUAGAGGGCGUUACCGUCAUCUGGCCCGCCCUCAUGGCGACCGAGCGAGCCGCCAACUUCAGAAACCCUGGUGGUGCUUCCCGUUGGCACACUGAUCUCGUUCACGAGCGCCAACCAGCAGGAAUCACUCACCUCCACAAUGAUGUCGUGCCCCCUGUUGGAGGUGACACUCUGUGGGCAUCCGGCUACGCAGCUUACGAGAAACUCAGUCCAGGUUUCCGCAAGAUUAUUGAUGGCAAGACUGCUUACUACAAGUCUGCGCACACUUAUCUUGAUCGUGAUGAUCCCAAUGCUGGACCUAAGCAUAUUGAGCGUGUUCAUCCUAUUGUUCGCGUUCAUCCUGCUACUGGGUGGAAGUCGCUGUUCGUCAACAGAGCAUUUACAACAAGAAUUGUUGGUCUUGAUAAGGCUGAGAGCGAUGUCAUUCUGAACUACCUCUUUGAUGUAUAUGAGAGGAAUGUCGAUAUCCAGCUCCGAUUUAAGUGGACUCCUAGAACUAGCGCUCUGUGGGAUAACCGCAUCACAAUCCACAAUGCUUCAUGGGAUUACGAAGGUGGUCACCCUCGCCAUGGUACCAGAGUGACAUCUCUGGCUGAGGAACCUUACUUCAAGGAGGAUGCACCAACGAGGAGACAGGCACUGGGUCUUGAUGCUGAAGAUGAAUUGGUAGCUACUGGUUAA